CUUCUCUGUUCAAACUCAUAUGCGAGCUAGAAGAAUCAUGUACGGGCACAACAUCGACGAGUUUCCAGCGUCGGCGACUUUUCCCGGCUAUAAUUUCCCUGUACAUGAUAUGUCGACGGUUAUGCCCACUACUAUGGAAAUGUCUACGACAUCUCUUCCUCUCAACAUCCCAACUAGCAUUGGAGAAUUCGACUCAUCCUUGUCCUCGGCCUCCAGCUGGCAGCUAAUGCAAAACAAUGGAGGGAUGAAUAAUACAGGAUGUAGCAGCAGCAGUUACGGGUCUCCUACUAGCUGCUGCGACCUGCAGCAGACUACUUUCAUGCAGAGAAGCGUAAGCAGCCUUUCCCUCCAUAAGACCCACGGCCGAGCGCCUCCUCCUCCUCCCCAUUUCAUCUGGUCCAACCUCAACGCCGCCGUCGACUUUCUAGACUCCUCCUCAUCCGAUGGGACAAUCCCGGUCAGAAGAGCCUGCAGCACCGGCGACUUACAGGGGAUAAACAUGCUGCAACACUAUAGGAGGUCCGAGAGCCCCUCUAUGUCAAACGAGGAGAGUUGCAGCAGCAUCAUAGAGGGAAUGAGCAAGGCUUGCCGCUAUAGCCCCGAGGAGAAAAGGGAGAGGAUUGACAAGUAUAGAAGCAAGAGAAACCAAAGGAACUUCAACAAGACCAUUAAGUAUGCAUGUAGGAAGACGCUAGCUGAUAGCAGGCCCCGCAUUAGGGGGCGAUUCGCAAGGAAUGACGAGCAGAUAGAGAAGGUGGCGGCUAACCCCGAGGAGUGGAACCAUCCUCAGCAAGCAGGGAAUAAUGAAGAUCAGGAAGCAGAAGAUUACGAAGAGGAAAACUGGACUAACUUUCUAGAAGCGUUUUCCGCCAACUUAAUCCCAUAACUUAUUUUAAGGGUUGUUUGUUGUAUUUGUGGUUUGUUUUUUUGUGUAAGCAAAAGGGCAAAUGUUUUUCACUGCUUAAAUGUCCUCUAGCAGUAAGAAAAAUCCAGUCAUGUAUUAUGUUUCAAAUAAUUAUAUAACAACAAACCGUACCUACAAUAAUCAUAUGUCAAAUCAAACAAAUUCAUUACCUUACUAAUAAUUUGUAAAAUUAGGCCUGGAAUAGAAAAGAACAAAAGAGUUGAGUGGCUGUGUCUAUACCAUUGUGUUGAGUGCAAUUCUAACUGUACUAGCGGCUCUAGUGGAAAUUAAAAUAAAUAAAUAGAAAAAAAAAGUGGACCUAUUGUUUUUG